AUGUCCGGCCUAGAACGCCAACUCCGCCAGGCUUUAUGCGACCAUCCACGACAGCAUGCCUACCGCUUCACCGGAAAAGCUAAGAACAGUCUGUUGGAGGGCCUUUUUCGAUCACUCACGAACGACCGGUUAGACUAUUUCCACAACCUCUUUCCUGACGGAUUCCCAACAUCCUGCCGGCUACAGGAUGCGCAAGGAGUGCAAGAGAAUGCUGAAUACACUGCUGCUGCCAGGGGCCAUCCAUGUGGGCAUAUUUUUAAGGCAGGAGAAGCUAGCUAUCAUUGCAGCACGUGUACCGAUGACACAACUGCCGUCCUUUGCUCUCGGUGCUUUGUCUCCAGUGACCAUGAAGGACACCAGUAUACCAUCGGGCUCAGCGCCGGAAACAGUGGGUGCUGCGAUUGUGGCGACGACGAAGCAUGGAAGAGACCGGUGAAAUGUGCCAUCCACACAACAAGUGAUGAAUGGGCCUCAACAGACGAGCAUGUUUCUCCUCUGCCGCCUGAUUUGCAAGAAUCUAUUCGCACCACUAUCAGCACAGUAUUGGACUACUUUUGCGAUGUGAUAUCCUGCUCCCCAGAAAACCUGCGAAUGCCAAAAACGGUAGAUUCAGUGACCCAGGAUGAAGUGAGGAGUCGCCUCACCUGCGAACAUUACGUGUCCGGGGAUGAGAUUGAAAUAAACCCUGAAUUUUGCUUGGUCAUUUGGAAUGAUGAGAAGCACACUGUUCGUGAGGUGCAGUCGCAAGUCUCUCGAGCCUGCCGUGCUCGCGAAUCAUUCGGUCUGACUAAAGCUGAGGAAGCAAAUGAGGUGGGCAGGAGUGUUGUCAGGCAUUCCCGCGAUCUGAAAGAACUCACUAAGAUGGCGAAAGUCAUUGAAGAGAUCAAGGUCACUGUCACAAUCAGAUCAUCCAGGGAUACAUUCCGAGAACAAAUGUGUGGUACCAUUAUCGAGUGGCUGGCCGACAUUGCCGGAUGUAGUAUUUCUGGUGACAGUCACGUCUUACGCCGUAUAAUCUGUGAAGAGAUGCUCCAAAUCUGGCGCAUGGGCAGUGAGGCCUGGAAUGCUAAAGUGGGAAGAGACGAUCUCGACGACCACGGCCAGGAGGACGAUCGGUAUUUCCGACAAAGAGCAAGGCUGAGAUUUUUUGACCCCAUCCAAUUCGCGCUGCAAAGAGCCAUGGCCGUGGACACCCUGGAAGAAGACGUGAUUAGUGACGGCCUUGAGGAUAACGACGAUAACGACAAUGACGAUGACGACGACGACGAUGACGACCCUGGCGACGACGACGUCGAUCGGGAAAUGAACGACUUCAUUCUCAGAGCCACAGUUUUUGAAGCGGCUGGCCACGAUCACGACCACGCUCUUAUUGAGCAGUCGGUUGAUCCAGAUGUGACAGAUGAUGCGGAAGACAUGGACACGGACGGCGACGGCGACGGCAAUUAUCUGAGUGUUGCGGAUAGAAUGGAGAUGGAUGGCACCUCCCCUCCUCCACCACCAAUCCCCCCUACUCAAGGUACAACAGAGCCGGAGGGUGGUGCUAGCGAAGGACGUCGAACCUCUCCAGUCGAUUCCGACAGGAAUGCCAAUUAUCUCAAUGUUCCGAGGACACCUGCGAGCUCUGUUCGUUUAGGUCGCCGACAAUCGACUCCGCCAAACCAUUGGAAAUCCUUACCACUCGGUCCAUCUGCGCAGAACCACAAUGUUCCUGCCUACGAAGAUCUGACCAAAAAUAUCAGGGUGGAUUCCAUGAUCCUGUUCGAUCUCCGCCUGUGGAAAGUUGCCAGAACCAAUGUUCGAGACCUGUUCAUUAGCACGCUGGUCAACAUCCCUCAGUUCAAACGCAUCCUUGGUUUGCGAUUCUCUGGGUUGUACACGACGCUCGCCCAACUUUAUCUCGUGGCGGACAGAGAGCCAGACCAUUCCAUAAUCAAUCUGUCGCUGCAAUUGCUGACCACCCCCUCUAUCACAGAGGAAGUGAUCGAACGGGGAAACUUCCUCACCAAUCUCAUGGCUAUCUUGUACACUUUCUUGACUACUCGACAAGUAGGCUUCCCGAAAGACCUUGACCCCGGAGCUACUCUUGGGUUCGAUGCUGGUUCGGUUGCUAAUCGUCGGCUCUAUCACUUUUUCUCCGAUCUCAGAUAUUUCCUUGCCUCUCCUUUUGUACAGGCCAAGGCGCGCAGCGAACCACAGUACCUUUUCCAAUUUCUUGACCUGGCCAAGCUCUCUCAAGGCAUAUGUCCGAACAUCAGGGCUGUCGGCGAACAUGUCGAGUAUGAAACAGACGCCUGGAUAAGUGCCUCGCUGUUGACACGGGAUAUCAACAAGCUGUGUCGGCAGUUCGCGGAAGCUUACUAUGUUUCGAAGGACAGUAGUCCGUCUACCUUGCAAGCAACAUGUGAGGCGAUUUCACAUGCAGCAGGCAUCGCAAUCAUCAACUCUGUGGGCUUAGAGCGACGACGAUUCGAUCAAGCCGAGAUCAAGGAUCAUGUACGAUUCCACACUAUUGGCCCCUUUGGAGAGAUACCAACAGGUGACACCUACAAGGUGGUACACUUUGUCGUGGAAAAGGGAGGAUUGAGUUUCCAUCACCCUCUUCAUUACACUCUUUCUUGGCUACUUGAAGGCGGAAAGGAAACGAAGCAGUCUAUAAUAGCACUCCGGGAUGCUGCCCGCACUUUCCUUUCACAUCUGCAAGAUCUCACUCCCGCACCCCGGGACAGCACAAUCAAAUCGACUCUCACCACUGUUGACGACGCUCUGCUAGCUAUGUUUGAUUUCCCCCUGCGUGUGUGCGCCUGGUUGGCGCAGAUGAGAGCAAACCUGUGGGUCCGCAACGGCAUGAGCCUGCGACAUCAAAUGAUGCAGUAUAAGGGCGUGGCUCACCGCGACGUUGGCCAUCACCGAGACUUGUUCCUUCUCCAAACCGCACUCGUGACAUGCGACCCGGGUCGCGUUCUUGCGUCGAUGAUCGAUCGAUUCGGUCUAACUGAGUGGCUGCGGAACGGCUUUGCCUCUCUGGACAUUUGCGAGGAUAGUCAGAUGUUGGACCUGGCUGAGGAUUUCAUGUAUCUCUUGAUCAACUUGCUAUCGGACCGUGACGCGCUUAUCUCAGAUCGAGACGACCCAGAAUCACAGCUCUUAGCAGUGCGCAAAGACAUUGCGCAUACACUGUGUUUCAAGCCGCUGUCGUACUCAGAUUUGUGUGCUCGCUUGACGGAGCGAACACAGGACCAUGAACAGCUACAGGAGGUGCUCGAUCAGAUGACCAAAUAUCGCCCACCCGAAGGACUGCAUGAUUCUGGCUUGUUUGAGCUCAAGGAUGAAUAUUUGCAGGAACUGGACCCGUACAACUCUCAUUUCACUAAGAAUCAAAGAGAUGAAGCCGAAAACAUCUACAAACAGUGGAUGGCCAAGAAACUGAACAAACCACCCGAAGACAUUGUUCUUGAGCCGAAGCUGCAUCCAAUCCGCUGCGAGGCAUAUAGCGACCUCUGCGCAGUCGUGCAUACCUCUCUCUUUGCCGAUGUUAUCCACAAAGCCCUACUAUAUGCUGCGAGCAGCUACAAGCUCAAGACAGGAGUCUCGGCAACCCGUGCGGAGGCAUUCCUCCAGAUUGUCCUCCAGCUGGUGCUUAUCGCCACUUUGGAUGACAAUCCGGCGGGAAGCGAUCCUGAUUUGCCUUCGUUUGUACACGAUGCCACUGUACUACAUUUCCGGUCUCCUCAUGACACGGACCGGACAAUCGUUCGCCUACUACACGAAAUAUGGCUCAUGGAAGAAUAUAGUGCAUGCCGAAGCAAGAUCAGACACAUUCUAAAGCUUUUCAAUCAGAAGCGGCCUGAACAGUUCGUCAGCGCUACCCAGCACCUUGAUUUCCCUUUGGGCAGGUUCGACACUGCAUCUCCGGCCAAUUUCGAAGGCGAAAUUGAAGCCAAAAAGAAACAAGCCAUGGAACGCAAAGCACGCGUUAUGGCUCAAUUUCAGCAGCAGCAGCAAAACUUCAUGGAUAAACAAGGAGUGAUCGACUGGGGUGACGAGGAUCUGGAUUCUCCGGAAGACGAAUUACCCAAGAGCACAGAGACCCGUCACUGGAAAUAUCCCUCUGGGUUGUGCAUACAAUGCCGAGAAGAUACGUCUGAUUCGCGUUUGUACGGCACGUUUGCUAUGAUCAGCGAUGCUCAUAUCUUACGGGAGACUGACGUGACGGACGAGGACUUUGUUGGCGAGCUUUUUGCAGUUCCGGACCACCUGGAUCGCUCCGCUGAGUCUAUACGUCCGUUUGGAGUAGCCGGCUCCAACCAUGUGCAGGUGAAGCGUCUGACGGCUGAAGGUCACGAAGUCGCCGUCGACCACCAGAGCCUGGGCAAGGGGUGGCCAAAGAACUGCACCAUGAAAGGCCCUGUGUCUACGAGUUGUGGCCAUAUUAUGCACUUCAGCUGCUUCGAGAACUACUACCAGUCGAUCACCAGGAGACACGCGCAGCAGGUUGCUAGGAAUCAUCCCGAGCGGAUCGCACUUAAGGAAUUUGUCUGCCCCCUCUGCAAGGCUUUGGCAAAUACAUUCCUACCUAUUGUUUGGAAACAUUCAAAACAGUCCUACCCUGGUUCGUUAGACGUAUCACAAGACUUCGACUUCUUUCUGGACAAGGAUCUCUCGGCCAUCACUGAAUCCUCAAGCCUGGCUGAGGAUGGUACUUUUGACUCACUGGCCGCACAAAUACAACUCGAAACCAUGACAACAUUUUCCAACCCUUCUCUCAUACCGGCCAUUGCUCGAUGGGUAUCAGGAAACUGGAGCAUGAGCCAUACAGGCCAACCGUGGGCAGAUAUACCUGAAUUCGCCGCGUUUGCUGACCUCGCCAGCAUCUAUGAGCGCCUCCAAGAAUCAUUAUCAAUUGUCUCGUGGAUUAUUCAACCGACGCCUGCUGGUCGGGACGCUCAGGUGAACCACGUUGAGGUUCUUGUUGACACCCUCGCAAAUACAGUUGCAGCCGUGGAAAUAGGGCAUCGGGGCCGCGAAGCCGAAUUCGGCACGUCGGUCUUGACGAGCGUGCCUCAACAGACACUCAGCCACUUACAAACUCUUGCGUCGACCAUUCGAGCAUAUACAGCCACCGGUGUACUGACCGCACAGGGUCCAGUGGAGACUCAAUACAAGGAGCUUUGCAAGCGAAUCGAGCUCCAACUGGCAGGGACGUUGACAGAACAGAAGUUCCAAUUGAACAGUUCUGAGCCAGCAUCGCCUCUGUUGCGAACGGACGCUUUCCAAGUGCUUGUGCAAGCCACGGUGGUGUUAUGUCACAUACAAAAGCUGGAACUUCGCCAUGUUCUGCAAUUAUUGCUGACCGUGGAACUCUUGCGAGUUGUGCUGGCAUUCACGCUUGGGUCCAAGGGAUUUUUCUCCGCAACUGAGAACUUGUCGCGCAACCAGAUUCGACAUGCUGCGCCUUUGGACACCAACUCGGAAGAGCUACGCAGCAUACAGAGUGUGAUCGCAUGGAUUGAGCAUCACAUUCAACACGGUGGCUCCGAGACCAGUUUGUUGGCUGACCAGUUACGCGAGUCGAAACGGCGGAUGUCUGUGAAUGAAGCGGGCGCACUGUUCAGACUAUGCAAGGUGUAUGCUCUUGCAUUUCUUCGAAAGUCGGCGAUUUUGUUCCAUGUUGCGCAUGGGAUCGACUUCCCUACCACGGCUGGUUCGGAAGCCAACCUCCCCGAGCUUGAUCGUCUUCUGCACUUCUUCCAGCUGCCGAGGAUCAGCGAUCUUCUCAUGUCGUUGGACGAGUUCUCGGGCUCCAGCGCCCUGAAGGACCGAGCAGCUCGUUGGAUUUCCGACUCGAUCAGGAUGGAGUUGAGCGGCGCCUCAUCGACGGAGCAUGCCAGCUUGCGCGUCACACCUCUAGGUAUCAGGCUGCUCCAUCCCGCUCCCUUUGAGUUGAUCGGACUUCCGAAGUACUUCGAUGUUCUCAUGGAAGAAUCUCAUCGACGCAAGUGUCCUACCACUGGCAAAGAAGUCGCGGACCCGGCCUUGUGCCUCUUCUGCGGUGAGAUAUUUUGCUCUCAAACCGUCUGCUGUCUUACUAAAGAGAUGCGCGGAGGUUGCAAUGCCCAUGUGGACAAAUGCUCGAGCCCAAUUGGCAUGUUCCUCUUCAUCCGGAAGUGUCAUGUGGCGCUACUGCACGUAGUCCGGGACCCCAAGAUGGUUGAGUAUGAUCGCGCAAGGGUUGGCCAUGGCGCUCAGGCGCUCCCUCCUGGGUCUCUCACCUUGAGUCAUGGUUCCUUCUUUCCAGCGCCAUACUUGACCAAGCAUGGCGAAACGGAUUCAGGGCUGCGGUCCAAACACCAGUUGAUCCUCAACCAAAAGAGAUACGACAAGCUGUUGAGGGACACUUGGUUGAUGACAAAUGGCAGCGUCUGGAGUACGGUCGCCAGGAAGCUUGAAAGUGAGGUCAACGCCGGCGGAUGGGAAACCUUAUGA